AUGUGGAAGGACACCAGCACCGAUGUCCCUGGACAGGUGGCCCUUACCGGAGUCUCGUCCCGGAGUACCAACCGCAGAAAGAGGACCAGCUUCUCCAAAGAGCACGUGGAGCUACUCCGUGUCACCUUUGAGACAGACCCUUACCCUGGCAUCAGCCUGAGAGAGAGCCUGUCCCAGAAAACAGGGCUACCUGAAUCUCGUAUCCAGGUGUGGUUCCAGAACAGGAGGGCUCGGACUCUGAAGUGUAAGGGAGCUAAGAAGUUUCUGUGCCAAUCAGACUCUGGCUUACACUCCCCUGGUGGGUUCACUACCCAGCACAGCCUUGCCCCUCUGUCCACCCCCCCCUGCCUGCCCCCUGCCUACCCCGCCCAGGUGAAGGAGGAGGAUUACGUUUUCUAUGGACGCUACUUUCCACCAUACCCUGGAGCGGAGGAGACUGGCCACAACAGGCAGGCCAGGGUGCUGGGAUACAGCUCCAGCACGCACAUGAAUAGCCCCGGGCACCAGAUGGUUCAAGGAGCCUGGCCCCAGGCGGUUGAUCAGACGACUCCAGUCCAGUCCAUGUGGAGCCCCUCUCCUCUGGAGGUGAGGAACUACAGCUCAGGCUCCAGCAAGGCCUUCCUCUACCAUCGCUCAGCCGAGCAGCAGCCCUUCUACAACAACCCCCAGGAAGUCUAUGGAGGCCCCAUUUCCCAGACCCAGACCACAGCCACCCCGGAUUCCGGCUGCUGGGAGGUUGGACAAGAGAACACCCCUCCGAUGGAAGGCCAAGGUUCCCGAUUGGAUGGCUCCUGGAGCAUGGCUAUGUCUACCACAGAAUACCCAGGACAAGCCCCGCACUAUGCCCCCUUACCAGAGCUCCCGGCCAUGUCCCUGCAGGAGAUUCUGGGAGAGCUGGAGGGAGAGUAGCAGGAGGGAGAUGGACUGGACAGCCACCCCAAUGGGGACAAACGGGUUUACUUCUGAAGUCUUAUCUCACUUUUUUUUUAAUGAUAGACAAUCUCUUUAUUGUUAUUAUUAUUGUAGCAUUUUGUAUGUUUGUGGGAGUACGAGAGGGUUUACUGUAUAGCCUGUGUUUCUGUGGACUAAAUGCACUCAGAGAGAGAAAGAGAGAGAGAAAGAGAAAGAGAAAGAGAGAGAGAGAGAGAGAGAGAGAGAGAGAGAGAGAGAGAG